AAAAAAAUGUAUUGAAUGUUAGGUUUAUUCUGUAUCUCGUUUGUGUUUUAUAUAAAAAAUAUAAAAAAUAAAUAUUAAUAUAAAAUGUCAUACUUAUAAAAUUACAAUCAUUAGAUAUUAUUACAUAUUUUUAUAAAUUAAAUUAAAUGUAAAUAAUAAUAAUAUAAAAAUGAGUGGUGGAGUGGUACCUAGUAAAUCAACUGUUUAUAUUUCAAAUUUACCUUUUUCCUUAACGAAUAAUGAUAUACACCAACUUUUACAAAAUUAUGGAAAAAUUGUAAAAGUGACAGUAAUGAAAGAUAAAAUAACAAGAAGGAGUCGUGGAGUUGCAUUUGUAUUAUUUCUUACUCCAGAAGAUGCUAUUACUUGUGCUAAAAAUUUAAAUAAUACAGAGAUAGGUGGUCGUACAGUAAGAAGUUCCAUAGCAGUAGAUAAUGGAAGAAGCACUGAAUUUAUACGUCGAAGAGAUUAUCCAGAUAAAUCUCAAUGUUAUGAAUGUGGAGAAGAAGGUCAUUUAUCAUAUAAUUGUAAAAACAAUACAUUAGGACCAAGAAAUCCACCCUUAAAGAAGAUUCGAAUCAGAAAAAAACAUAAAAUUAAUAAUCAUAAUAUAAAUGAUUUUAAUAAAAAUAGUGAUAAUGAAUCAGCAGAAGAUAAUUGGGAUGAAGAAGUAGAAACAUUAAGUGCUGCUAUUGCAUUAGAGCAAAGACAAAAAGAAUUAGAAAAUAAUCAAAGAUUAAGGAAUAAAGGCUAUGAAGAGGAAAAUCGAUCAGUUAAAAAAUCUGGCAAAAGAUAUAAAAAAAAUCAAUAUUUUAGUGAUGAAGAAGAUUUUAGUGAAUAAAUAAGUAAAUAGAAUAUGAAUAAGAAUAUAAAAAUAUUAAAAAAUUAUAAUAUAAUAAAAAUUU